GCAUGCGGGCAGAUCGCAUCGCAUUCCGAUGUGAGCGAGAUGUAACCGCUGUGCGGACUUUAUGUUUCCUAAACCGUCUCCAGCCGCAUUUUGAAUGAAUAAAAUGUCCAGUUUGAAGGAGUCAAACUCUUGUCCUGACGGCUACAGGGCUUUAAGCACAAGUGAGCUGAGGGAGCUUUUACAAAACGACGACAAAAUGGACCAAAUCCUUCGACUCAAUGAGAAGUUUCAGGACCUUCAAGUGGACAGAGAGACGCUGCAGACGACCAAUCGGAGCUUGGCCGAGGAGAGCCUCGCCCGACGGCCCCGCCUUUACAACGGCAAACUCCAACUGGCGGAGAAAUACCGGGAACUGUCCAACCUGGCAACCACAUGCUGGGAAAAACAGAGUCAGCUUGAGGCCCAUGUCCAGAAGCACAGCCUGCAGACGGCACAGAACCUCCUGCAGGAAGAGGUGGCACGUGCCGAGGAGCAUUCAGAGGAGCUGCUGGAGAAGUUCAUGGAGGGAAACGUAAGCCUGGAUGAGUUCCUGGACUCCUUCCAAAGCUCCAGGAAGACGUAUCAUAUCCGCCGGGCUCAGGCGGAGAAGAUGCAGGAGGUCGCGCAGGCCAAGCGGCAGCAGAGCAAAACCAAGAGGGCAGAGGAGAGCAAGGAGGUGAGGAAGGACUCGGAGCAGCCGCAGGAGCCUCAGCGGCCCAACGGCUUCGUAGCACAGGGACCUCUGAGAGUGUUCCAGGUACGCUACGGCCUCACGCCGGCCAUCCUCCUCCCCCAUUACCCUGUUUCUCCCCCUGCCUCGGCUCCAGGCCAUCAAACCCCCCCACCUGAACCGGGACACAUCCUCAGCCCCAGCACGCCACUCCCAGGACACGGCCAAGCGGUCGGCCUUAGGGUCAUCGGACAGUUACCGGGCGGCUGGCCGGCUAACGGGCGGCCGGUGAGAGUGCAGCAGCUUUACAGGCCGAACCCACAACAGCCUGAACCGCCGUACCGAUAAGCCGGAGUAGUGAGGGGAGGAGGAGGAGGAUGAAAAGCCGGUUUGAGAGGUCUUCCAAGACGUGGAACCAAACAGUGGCUGUCACAAUCAUGUAAGCAAAGACUGAUCCAGAGACAGGCAGCACUGCAGGCGUCCGUUUCUGUUCUCCAUCCAUGACACACAAAUGUAACCAGAGCAGAGACAGGGAGGCGGUAGGUGACUCGGACUCGGAGGGAGGACUAGGGAUGGGCUCCAAUAGCCAGAUUUGUUCAAGCUCUGACGCUUACAAGUCUCUUAUAAAAAACCUUUUAUCUCACUUUAUUGUUUUUUUAUUUAUAAUGUAAAACAUUUAGACGAUUCUAGCGGUGGAUUUCUGCGUUUAGCUUUUGAGCACCGUCACCACUGUUGCGAUGACAGAGUGAAAUACAUUAACAGUGACAGCGGAAGCAGAGAUGUUUUCGGCGUGACAAAGAUUUGUAAAAAAAUAGGAUGAACGUACCGCUUCUGUCCAACCUGCACAGUCAGGGUGUUUAAUAGCUAACAAAACCAGCACGAAUUACUGAAAAUAAUGAUUUAAAUGAUCAAACUGAAUGAUUUGUUGCAGUGUGAUCAAAACAAAUGCAUCAUUUAAUAAAAGUGAAAAACACUUGAUACUGUAAAAGUAGAAUUAUGGCCAAGAAACAGGAAACCUAGCAGGAGAUACGAAGAGUGGUUAUUGGAGAUUUAGCAAAGUAAAAUUGAUUUUAUUGAGACCUUUUGCCUGAAAAAAAGUCUCAGUUUUUGGAGCAGCCAAUAACAAAGAUAGUUAUCUGUCUCUUAAACUGGACUAAAUGGGUCCGUCUCACUCCCAGAGACUCAAAAUAUGCCGCUUGGGCUCAUCUGUGUGUGAGAAACACCAGAAUUUUCACCAACUUGCAUGAAAACCCACACGCAUCAAUAUUAGACACUCAGAGCUACAGACAUAAUUUAAAGAGCGUGAUUGUUGCAGCAUUUCUGCCACUCAAAGUAAGGGUGGUUUCUUGCUCUGUUUAGUUUUGUGGGUUUUUUUGUAGCGACACACCACUGCCUUUUUGGCCAUGUUUGCAGCGUAGGCAUUUAUUGGCACCAUCUACAAUCCCUUCCCAACCAUAACCAAGUAGAUUUGUUGCCUAAACCUAUGCGCAAACCUUUCCUACUUCCAACCACUUCUGCAUCAAGUUGCAUCCCGAAGUGACUGCCCUCCGCGUCAUUUAAAAGGCAAAGUUCACCCAUAAAUGAAAAUUCAGCCAUUAUCUACUCACCCUCAUGCCAAUGGAACGUCAGGUAAAGUUGUAUAGUCCACGAAACACUGCCAGGAAUAGGCGAUGCACGCAUCCCAAACAAUUGAAGAAAAUGGUGACCAGGAUUUAAAUGUUAAAAAAAAAACAUAAUUAAAGCACAAAAUGUCUCCAUACUGCUUGUACAAAGUAAUCAAGUGUCCUGAUGCCCCAACAUGCCAAGUUGUUUUGAAAAACUUCCCUGGCGUCAUGUUUUUAGCCUUGCAGCCUGUAUCAAAGAUACUCCAUAUCAACAGUCUCUGCUUGUUGCCUGUAGGUCCUAUUCUUGGAGCCACAUUCAUGUAUGCGCGCUCGUGUUUAUAUGCUACUGUGUGUGGGGGAAGCUUCCCACACUGGGACCUUCAGGCUAUGAUAAGGCUAAAAAUAUGACGCCAGAGACGUUUUUAUUUUAUUUAUUUAUUUUUCCUUUGUUUUACCAGGUGAGUCAAUUGAGAACCAAUUCUCAUUUACAAUGACGACCUGGCCAAGAGGCGGCAUAAAGCAAAGAAAAACAAAC